CAACAGUCGCAAUUGCGGGGCAUUCAACGUUGCCUGAAUUUGGACAGUGCAGCUAGAGCUAACCCGCCGAUGAGCUUCCACGUCCUCGCAUGAAAUUGAAACAUUAACCAUAUAUUUCAUACCAAUUCGCACUGAUUUUCUUCUGGCCGUCAGCCAAGAAAGACAUUGCCCAGAAUAAAGACACAGGGCGUAAGAGAAACAUCAUUUUUUUUCCGGCACAAAAUGGCCAACGAGGUCGUCUUCGCACGGCAGUUCCUGUCGCAGCUCGACGCGCUGCCCACCAAGCUAUCGCCGGACCAUGUCGAGGAUCCAAGAUCAUACCCAGCCCGGGCCGCCUACAUCCUCCCGAGACCGCCCAAGGCCAUGAGCAAGCCGCAGGGCCGGGCCGCCACGCCGGGCUCGGACCGCAGUGUGGCCGUGUCCCUGCGGUCUCUGCGCAACCCGCCGCUCGACAUCAAGCUUGCGCCGCAGCCCGUCUCGACGACGUCGGUCCAGGACGUCAAGGCCGCCGCGGCCGAGGAGGCGGGCCUCCCCGCCGACAAGAUGAAGCUGCUGUUCAAGAAGAAGCCCGUGGCCGACAGCAAAACGCUCGCUGAGCUGCUAGAGGGUGCCGGCGCCGACGAGACGGUCGUCGAGUUCACCGUCAUGGUGCUCGGCGGUGCGGUGCCCAGUCGGCCGGCUGGUGGUGCCGAGGGUGGCGAUGUGCAGAUGAAGGAGGCAGCGGCGGCGGCACCGGCUUCGACGUCCACGGCCCAAGGGGUCAGCGGUGUCGACGUGCUCAAGACUGACGACUUUUGGACGGACCUCAAUGGCUUCCUGCUGCAGAGGGUGAGGGAUGAGAAGGUGGCGGAUGAAGUGUCUGGCUUGUUCCGAAAAGCAUGGGACAGCAAGGCAUGAUACAUGGGUUUCGUUUUCAGGCGCGAGGCUUGUGGUUGUUGGCCAGCCAGCAGACGCAUGCAAGCUUGAGAAUCAACUUAGUUGCAAACUAAUAAAGACGGCAUGACUUUGAUGAAGAA